AUGGGCUCAACGAACUUCGAGGUAUCUGCCAUCCGGGCUCAGUUUCCGGCCUUGGAUCAGAAACAGGUGUUCAUGGACAACGCCGGAGGCUCCCAGGUACUUCAAUCGGUCAUCACCUCGAUAUCCGACUACCUGUCCCGUACAAAUGUGCAACUUGGCGCUUCCUACCCAGUCUCCCAGGUUUCGACCCAAAAAUUCAACGACGGUCACGUCGCAGGCGCGAAGUAUAUCAAUGCGUCGCCCAGGGAAGUCGUCUUUGGUCCGUCGACGACUCAGCUAUUCCGCAAUCUGUCCGUGGCGUUGAAGGUGGAGCCAGGCUCAGAGAUCAUCCUCUCGAACCUCGACCAUGAAGCAAACCUUGCGCCUUGGGUCCAACUAGCAGAAUGGAAGGGCCUUACCGUGAAGUGGUGGAUUCCCAGCAAGAACACGAAUUCAAAUCCCAAGCUAGAGACUGAAGAUCUGAAGCAGCUGCUCACGGAUAAGACACGGCUGGUUUGCUGCACGCAUACGAGCAACAUCCUGGGCACCGUCACAGAUGUCGCGGCGCUCGCAAAGGUUAUUCAUGAAACGAACCCGAACACAUUGUUUUGUGUCGAUGCCGUGGCAUAUGCACCGCAUGCGGCAAUUGACGUCAAGGCACUGGGAGUGGAUUUCUAUUCCUUCUCGUGGUACAAAGUGUAUGGACCGCAUGUUUCGAUGCUGUACGCGAGCGAGAAGGCACAGAACGAACUUCAAAGCCUGGGCCACUAUUUCAAGACAAGGAAUACGUUGGAGGAGAUGCUGGGGCUGGCGGCGGGCAAUUAUGAGUGCGUACAAUCGAUUCCAAACGUCGUCGAGUACAUUCAACAAGUUGGCUGGGACGGCAUCGCCGCUCAAGAGGUGAGGAUCCAGGAGAUAUUGCUCUCGUAUCUGCGCUCGAAGGCCGACAUCAUCAAAAUAUACGGUGAGCCUUCUUCGGACAGGAAGCUGCGCGUGCCGGUGAUCAGCUUCCGAGUCAAAGGCCAGAGCUCGCUGGGGGUGAUUGAUGCGAUCGAGGCGACGUCGGAUUUUGGCUGUCGAAGUGGCCACUUUUACAGCAAGAGGCUGAUCGAGAAUGUGCUCGGGAUUCCUGAUGGAGAUGACGGCGUGGUCAGAUGUUCUUUGCUGCACUAUAACACAGUUGAGGAAGUAGAGGGGUUGGUGAAGGUGCUUGAUGAUGUUAUCAAACAAGGAGCGGGAAAGGAUGUGAAGGAUGCGGAGAGGAAACACGUCGCUGAUUGGUGA